CAAGAAAGAAAAUAGACUAUAACGAGAACGAAAUGGGGUACGAGAGGCUCGGACCAUCCAAACCAAGUGGUUCGGUCACCACAACCACAGCUCCGUCUCCGAACCUAAACCAAGUCUCUACUUCAGCACAACCGGAGAAUAUUAACCGGAGAAGAAAGAAGCUUCUUGUGUCUUCAAUAAUCGUAGCCUUCGCACUCAUAUUCGCCGCCGCGAUCUUCGCCGGAAUCAGAACACAACUCAAAUCGUCCCAACACGUCCCAGGCUUAGCUCGAAAACCAAGCCAAGCAAUCUCCAAAGCCUGCGAGUUGACUCGUUUCCCCGAGUUAUGCGUUGACUCACUCAUGGACUUUCCCGGCUCACUCGCCGCUUCCUCCGCCAAAGACCUGAUCCACGUGACGGUGAACAUGACGCUCCACCACUUCAGCCACGCUCUCUACUCCUCUUCCUCCUUCUCAUUCCUCCACAUGCCGCCACGUGUCCGCUCCGCCUACGACUCCUGCAUCGAGCUACUCGACGACUCGGUCGACGCGCUCUCACGCGCUCUCUCCUCCGUCGUCUCCGGCGGAAAAACGAAGCCGCAAGACGUGACGACGUGGCUGAGCUCGGCUCUGACGAACCAGGACACUUGCGCCGAGGGAUUCGACGGCGUCGACGACGGCGGCGUGAAGGAUCAGAUGACGGCGGCGCUGAAGAAUCUCUCGGAGCUUGUUAGCAACUGUUUAGCGAUUUUCGCGGCGAGCGGCGACGGCGACGGGAACGAUUUCGCCGGAGUGCCGAUACAGAACCGGAGGCUUUUGGAAGUGGAGGGUAGUGAGCGAGACGAGAAAUUCCCGAGAUGGACGAAGAGAAGAGAGCGUGAGAUAUUGGAAAUGCCGGUAUCUCAGAUACAAGCUGAUAUUAUCGUCUCGAAAGACGGCAACGGCACGUGCAAGACCAUAUCGGAAGCCAUCAAGAAAGCUCCUCAGUACAGUACUCGCCGGACUAUUAUCUACGUCAAAGCCGGAAGGUACGAAGAGAACAACCUCAAGGUCGGUAGAAAAAAAAUUAAUUUGAUGUUCGUUGGGGAUGGAAAGGGUAAAACUGUCAUUUCCGGAGGGAAAAGUAUAUUUGACAACAUUACCACUUUCCACACGGCGACAUUUGCCGCAACUGGAGCCGGGUUUAUUGCAAGGGACAUUACAUUUCAAAAUUGGGCUGGUCCAGCAAAGCACCAAGCUGUUGCACUCCGCAUUGGAGCUGACCACGCAGUGAUCUACCGGUGCAAUAUAAUCGGUUACCAAGACACGCUCUACGUUCAUUCAAAUCGCCAAUUUUUUCGCGAAUGCGAUAUUUACGGUACAGUUGAUUUCAUCUUCGGUAAUGCGGCGGUAGUGUUACAAAACUGUAGCAUUUAUGCGCGCAAACCCAUGGAUCUUCAGAAAAACACAAUCACAGCUCAAAACAGAAAAGACCCGAAUCAAAACACGGGAAUAUCGAUACACGCCUCUAGAGUUCUUGCAACACCUGAUCUCCUAGCAACCAAUGGUACUAUCCAGACGUUUCUAGGUCGACCAUGGAAGCAAUUUUCUAGGGCGGUUUACAUGUUAUCAUAUAUUGGAAAUCAUGUACACACGAGAGGUUGGCUCGAGUGGAACACAACAUUUGCUUUGGAAACUUUAUACUAUGGAGAGUAUUUGAACACUGGACCCGGGUCGAAUAUUACGCAACGUGUGAAUUGGCCAGGCUAUCGGGUCAUCAAUUCGACGGCAGAGGCAAACCGGUUUACGGUGGCGGAAUUUAUAUAUGGUUCAUCGUGGUUGCCUUCAACCGGGGUUUCGUUCUUGGCCGGAUUAAAUAUUUAGGUAGAGAAAAAAUGCUUUUGUUUCUGAUGAUUUGUUUCAUUCUUACGUCCUUAUAUUAAUGGACAUAUGAUUAAUCCCAUAUAUAUUUUAACUUUUUUAAUUGUAUUCUCUCCAAAGGUAUUAUUCAAUAAGAUCGUGACGUGAGGAUAAUUUUAUAAUA